GCAGUCAGUGUGGUGCUGCAAAAGUAGAAGCGUGCGAUGUUCGUUGUGUUUGCCCCACGAUAUUCCGGAGGGAGGGACACUGAUUGCCCAAAGCAAGGAAAGUGGUACCCACCUGCCGAAGCACACACCUCAGUAUGGAUGCUCUGAAAUCAGCGGGGAGAGCAAUCAUAAAGAGUCCAGGAGUCCCGCGACAUACAUGGGGAACUUCAAAGCACGAAAAGCUGCCGGAGAACUGGACCGAUACCAAGGAGACCCUGCUGGAGGGUAUGGUGUUCAACGUCAAGUACCUGGGCAUGACCCUGGUGGGCCAGCCCAAGGGGGAGGACAUGGCCGCCACCGCCAUACGCAGGAUCGUUGCCACGGCGAGAGCGAGUGCCAAGAAGUUUCGUAAAGUGACGCUGACGGUCUCUCCCAAAGGCAUCGUCCUCACCGACACGGACACCACAGACCUCAUAGAGGACGUCUCCAUAUACAGAAUCUCCUACUGCACUGCAGAUAAAACUCAGGACAAGGUGUUUGCCUACGUCUCUCAGAGUCCGUUUAACGAAACCUUGGAGUGCCACGCCUUCCUCUGCCAGAAGAGGAAGAUUGCUCAGGCUGUGACGCUAACCGUAGCCCAGGCUUUUAAAGUGGCCCUCGAUCUGUGGGAAGUCGCUCAGGAAGGCAAAAGCAAGAAGGCCAGAACAUGCUGUUCCUGUCCAGCCCGUGAUGCCGCCAUGGCGCCGUCAGAACCCCACUGUGUUUCAGCAGACCCAGAGAACAUCAAACCAGCCGGUCUCGAGGAGAGAAUUCGCCGGCCAUUCUUCUCCGCCUCGCUCAGUCUGCUCUCACCACGUAGCAACCCUGCACGGCGACGGCCAAUCAAACACGACUCCUGGGACGUGGAGGACGGCCUUGAAGAUGCAUUCUCAAGACUGGCUUCACGCCAACAGCCUCUGACAGUCUGGUCGUGCGUUUGAAACCAGUACCUUUUUGGUCGGGAGCCCAACACCGGAACCAAUAGACUGGCAUGGCCCCAGUCCACAGAAACAUGGACACAACUGAACUCCUGCCAUACGCAACUUCCUGCACACACAGUGCAACAACAGACCACGUUAGGCCCAACAUAAGACACCACUCAAAGAUAAAUCGGCCUUCAUGAUAAGAAAUGUCUUAUUUUUUUUCAAUAAUCAAACACCAAUCCAGCCGUCAGUCAUUAAGUAUUUGUAAAGCUAUUCUUGUUAUCCAUGUUUGCUUUCUUCAAACUAUGACUUUAUUACUCUUUUUCAUCUUCAACUAUCCAUGGACAACUGUCCACUGUUCUCUCCUCAAGCACAUGUGUUAUCUAAUGCACUGUUGAAAUCCGUUGAACGGUGGAAGAUGCUCUCACAGUAACUGGACACAGUUCAUGAUUGUGUUAUGGGUUUAUAUUUUGUGUUAUUAUUAUGAGUAUUCUGCUGUUUGCCAAGAACAAGAGGGCGGUUGUGUAAUGAAAUUGUAGAACCUUUGUGUUCUUUGUGUUGGUGGUGUGUUGGCGAUUUGAGUUUAGAAAUAUAUAAGUGUGUGACUAACAGGCAGAAUGAUGUGAAAGCAAAGCAUACAGUCAAGUUAAACCAAUAUAGCUGAGGGAUGUCAUUUCUGAAAGGUUCAUAUACAUCUUAAGCUUAGUAUAGAAUCAGUGACAUUAAAUAUAUUUUAUAACACCAAUAUCAACUUAUUUAAAAUAUCUUGUUUGUUUAUUGAUAAACAAACAUUUAAAAUCACACUUUCAAAAAUCGGCAUCAUAGAUUAAAUCGUAGGUCAUUUUAUAAUUUUUUGUGUCCAUUUACUGUCCCUAUCCAAACGGUCUCCAUUAAUACUGAAUACAUCAGCCAACUAAUGCAACAAAGAGUUGCACUUAUACUUCUACAGCAUUCAUUAUUAAAAAAAGUCAGUUGAAAUGUCAAAUCAGCACUCAUUUGUCUGAUGGUAUUCAAUUAACGUCUAUAAAGGUUAUAAAUCAAAACAACUAAAUUGUUUCCCUAUUUUCUCUGUCUCUAGACCUUUAUCAAAUUACUUGCCUCUAAAUAGAAUGAUACUGUUGAAAAUGCUGGGUAAUUUAAGGGGUUGUAGAAAUAUAUAAUUACAGCGUUGGAGAUAAAACUCCCACACUAUUUGCAUAUGCUGUAUUUUUUCAAUAUGUGUAUUUUUAUUUAUGUAAAUAUUAUAGCAUUGUAAGUAGUCUGAAUACAAUCAGGGUUAUACUUUUUCUACCAACAUUUAUUACUCUUGUAAAUAAAAAACGUGAAUGCCUGUUUUUUUCAUUUGGUUAUACAGUUAAUAAUUAUGUUAUGAACUAUUUUCUCUUCUCAAAUUGUAUUAUGGGUUAUGGGUUAUAGAAUAUUGGGGUCUGUGUGUCGCUGUCAUGACACCCACUACUAGAAUAAUGGGAUGGCUUAUCAGGUUAGACCAUGGGGCUUAAUUGCAUUUCAUUUCUGCGCCAUUGGAAAUGCCAGAGAGAGCGAGAGAGAGAGCAAGAGAGAAAGAGAGAGACGAUAGGGUGGGAGACCACCACCACUGUCUUCACAUUCAGGAGCCCUGUUGAAUUAGAAUGAGGACUUGGGAAUGUGUGGGAUUCCGGAUUCUUUUUUGUUGGUAUUGUUAUGAGAUUUGCCUAAAUUAUUUUUUAAUUUCUCUACUAUUUUGGUAUCAUCUAACUUGUUUUUGUCUCAAAAUUUGCUCUAUGAUCUUUUUUAUGGGGGGGGGAUAUUAUUUAAUCACUAUCGUUUUUAUUUACAGUUAUUGCCUGGAUGUUAAUAUUGUCUAGUUUGGUUUUAUCUAUAUACUGAAGACUUCCAACUAACCCACACAACUCGAGAAAGAUAGGUUAAGGCAGUGAAAUAAGUAGUACACACAUUUCAACAAAAUCAUUGGAUAUUGUAAAACUUUUAUUUUGUCCAACUUCUUUCUGGAGACAAAAACUCAGAUGUCAUUUUAUAUUCAAAAAAAUGUAUCUAUUUUUCUUGUUUAAGAGUUCAUUACUUACAUAUUUGUUUACUUAAAUAUAUGUAAAUUAAUUAUAUUCAAAUUGCAUCUGUUUUCCUUUAGAUGCAGUACAAAUCAAUAUUAGGAAACACCAAUGCAAAGUCAAGAAAAGCAAAUACAUAUUGGGUAACAAUGUAGCUAUAGUAACUAGUUAAAAUGUUUAUAUUUCUUAAUCAUCUUGGCUAACCAACAGAACAAUGUUGUCGUUUGUCAAAGAGGGUGCUUGAUAUUGGAUACCUAUGCAACUGUUGGAUAUGUCAAAUAUUAUGAGAGCAGUUUGUGAAUAAAACAUAUUUAGUUGAUGUACAGACAGAAUAAUCUCUGUUUUUGUCAGUCAAAGCUUGGAUAUGGUCAUCGCGUUUUUGAAGGUCUUAUAUUUUACCAUUUAAAAAUCAUGUAUCAUUCGUGGGACUGUCCAAGGGAAGAGGGCUAUUUUUGUGAAGAUUAAUGUAGUUAUAUCUAGAAGAUGGACUUGAUUUAUUAAUAAAUAUAACUUCAUUGCACUUACACCAACACUGAUGCUAAAUGGAACAAUGCAUUGUGUUGUUUUGCAUAACUAAUAAUAAAUAGGUUAAUUAGCAUUCAAUCAAGAAAAUAACAGUAAUUCAUUGUUACAUCAAAGGCUGAAUUGAACACGUAUAUGUAUUAGCACUCACUUACUUUACUUGGCCUUGUCACCCUGCAUAGGGCAGCUUCAUUUCAGUAUUAUGUGCCAUUAGGUUUUAUUCCCUAUAUAAGAGUAGAUGGAUGCCCUCAGCAAACAUCUUUGAUUGUAAAUUUGACCAAGUUGUGGAGUCCCUGGGAAAGAUCUGGUUCAGGUAAAUCCUAGUGGUGCAAUCAGCAGUAGCCCUCAGCAGAAAGUGUCCUCCUGUGUACAUAAAAUAUUCCACGAGUACUGCCCUUUCAUUUAUUUUCCGUAAACAUUUUCCUUGCAAAAAGCUUACAGCGAGGUUCAAACGGGGGCUGAAAAUUAUCUUUAAGUGUAAUAAUGGAACACACGGAGGAUAAGCAAGACGUUUAAAGUGGUUUGCUUUCCUAUUCAAUACACAUACAUUAUUUUCUCUCCACACAAUGCCGAAGUCACGUCUAAUUUAUUUUGACUGUGCUUUUAACAAGCAAUUUCCUGUCAAAGUAUUAGUCAGUAUGAAAAAAGCAAACAUAGGAUUAACAAGAUACAGACGACUGGCACACAGAAGUUAUUAUCUGGUUGUUAUGCUUUAGGCCUACACCCUCCCACUGCCUAAAUACAAAGGAAGGACAUUCUGGACAAAACCCCUGGAUGUGAAUCUCAAGUCUCUGAAAAUAUGUCUUGCAAACACAAGAGGAGAGGGAAACGUAAUAAAACAUAAAAUAUGUAUUAAACACCAAAAGAGGUCGGUAGACAUUUCACGUCUGAAUUUCUGCAUACGAAAAGCUGAAGUACUAUUCAGGACCAACGGCUGCAGGUUAAAUUGUCAUCUGAAAAUGGAGUAAAUCAAUCGUUGCCUCAAAAUAGGCCCAAUGGCAGCAAGCCAAUCUGAGAAACAAUAGUUGAGUGAGUGGGGGAGGCAGAUACAACAUUCCCUGAAUGCAGAUAGACUGUUGACUGAUGUGUUACGGAGAUCUGGUUUCGGCAUUGAUAAAGGAUUCCUAGAGUACUUCAUACGGAAUUAACUA